UGGGUCCAUUUUUUCCUCUCAAUCGGAUAAGAGCGACCCGAGGAGCUGCAGCAACACGCACCCACGUUUACGUUAAUUCGUCCGGGAGUAAACAACGAGGUACGGGACGCAAUUUAGAUCCAGUCGGCCGUUGGACCGAGUUGUUUAGGGGUUUUUUCCCCCCGGGUUGUAGGGCACUGUUUUCGGCGCUGCCAGGGGGGAAAAGCCCCCUGCGCAUUCCUCCACGCAGAGAGCCAGAGAGGGAGACCAACCGACCGACUGAACGGGGAAAAAGAGCGCUGUAAAGCGUCCUCUUUCACAAGGUCGGACCGGUGAAUUCACCCGCACACGGAGGAUACUUCCCUGUGACACACCAUGAGAUCGCUUUGAUGAAUAUUUUACGGUCUCGCGGUCCGAGGCUCGCGCUGCGAUUACCAACCGACCGUUGGCUGCGCCCAACGCCGCCUGAAUGGACCCGGAUGGUGGACUAGAGAGAGAAGACAAAACGACGACGACACGGGCCUAAAUUUGGAGGAGUUGGAGGAGGAGGAGGAGGAGGGGGGAGAGAAAAAAAGCAGAAAAUGUAAAAAAAAUUGUGAAUGCCUUACACAGCAGAAUCUAUAUGAUCUAAAGAGCUUAAGUAUUUUUUAUUUACCUCAGAAAUAGUCUGCCUACCUCGGGUCAGAGUUGUAUAAUCCAGGAGGAAAAAGCUCCGUUUUCACUGUUGAACUGACUUUAAUACCUCAUGAAUCUACCUCAAAUACAACUUUAUUUUCUACACAACACAACGGGGCCGAUGUGUCCACCAAAUAAAUACCUCAACGUCAUCGCUGCGCGUGUUGUAAACUGAGCCUGUGAUUCGCUGACCUGACUCCCACAGAUGGCUUCGUUCCCAGAAUCGGACCUGCAGACCUGCCCGCUCUGCAAGGAGCUGUGCGGCUCCUCCGCUCCCAUUUCCUCCUGCUCCUCUUCUACCUCAUCGUCCUCCUCGCACACCUCGUCCUCCUCCAGCCAGACCACCAGGAGGCUCCACGUGCUGCCCUGCCUUCACGCCUUCUGCAGGCCGUGUCUGGAGGGCCAGCGGAGCCCAGGAGACCCGCUGAAGCUGCGGUGCCCCACCUGCGACCAGAAGGUACGCAUCUCCGAGGAGGCCGGAGUGGACUCCCUGCCUUCCUCCAACUUCCUCUUCAGCAACCUGCUGGACGUGGUGGUGAGCUCCGAGGAGCAGAUUCAGAACAAGAAUGGCCACCACCUUCACAACAACCACCAGCACCACCACCGCUUAGGUGGAGGCUCCUCUGGCUUCCAUCACCCUCACGGAGGCCUCCUGCUACCCAGCCACCUGGGAGAGCCCCAGUGCAGCUCCUGCGAUGAGGAGAACCCGGCCACCUCCCACUGCCUCGACUGCCAGGAGUACCUGUGUGACAACUGUGUGCGGGCACACCAGAGGGUGCGGCUGACCAAGGACCACUUCAUCGAGCGUCUGGGGAAGAACCUCCACCUGGGCCGGGUCAACGUCAACAGCAACCCGGACCAGGUGUCCCUGGCCCAGUCCCUGCAGAACAACUUCGCCCUGCUGUCCCUGUUCCAGGACCAGAUGAGCUUCUGCCAGCACCACGACAACGAGGUGUUUCUGUUCUUCUGUGAGUCCUGCUCGGUGCCGAUCUGUAGGGAGUGUAGCGUCGGCCGUCACAUUGGACACACCUUCGUGUACCUGCAAGACGCCGUGCAGGACAGCAGGUCCAUCACCAUCCAGCUGCUGGCAGACGCUCAGCAGGGACGCCAGGCGGUACAGCUAAGCAUGGAGAAGGUCCAGGCCAUGGCAGAGCAGGUGGAGAUCAAAGCCAAGGUGGUGCAGACGGAGGUGAAGGCCCUGGUGCUCCGACACAAGAAGGCGCUGGAGGAGAGGGAGUGUGAACUACUGUGGAAGGUGGAGAAGAUCCGUAAGGUGAAGGCCAAGUCUCUGUACCUGCAGGUGGAGAAGCUGCACCAGAGUCUGACCAAGUUGGACAGCACCAUCGCCGCCGUCAGCCAGGUGCUGGACGAGGGCCGCCACCUGGACGUGCUGCUAGCCAGGGAGCGAAUGCUCACCCAAAUGCACGAACUGAAGGCUCUGAGGGGCCUGCUGCAGGCGCAAGAGGACGACCGCUUCAUGUUCACGCCUCCAGACCAGGCUCUGUACAUAGCCGUCCAGUCCAUGGGCCUCAUCAGCAGCGGAGCCUUUGCCCCGGUCACCAAAGCCCACGGUGAGGGUCUAAAAACUGCUCUCCGCGGCAAGCCCGCCUCCUUCACCGUGAUCGGAUACGACCACGACGGCGAGCCACGACUCUCUGGCGGCGACGCGGUGUCCACGAUAGUCAUGUCAGUCCCGGAUGGAAACCUGUCCGCAGCCGAGGUGACGGACCACCAGAACGGCUCCUACACCGUCGGCUACCUGCCCAAAUGUGAGGGGGAGCACCUCGUGUCGGUGCUGGUGUGCAACCAGCACAUCCAGGGCAGCCCCUUCAAGGUGACGGUGAAGUCGGGGCGGAGCUACGGCUCCCUGGGGAACCAGGUGUCGUCCUUCGGGUGCGAGGGGGAGGGAGACGGCCAGCUGUGUCGACCCUGGGGCAUCAGCGUGGACAAGGAGGGAUACGUGGUGGUGGCCGAUCGCAGCAACAACCGCAUACAGAUAUUCAAGCCCUGCGGUGCCUUCCACCAUAAGUUUGGCUCUCUGGGUUCUCGGCCGGGUCAGUUUGAUCGUCCAGCGGGGGUUGCGUGUGACAGUCAGAGACGAAUCAUCGUGGCUGAUAAGGACAAUCACCGCGUGCAGGUGUUUACUUUUGAGGGCCAGUUCCUGCUGAAGUUUGGGGAGAAGGGUACCAAGAAUGGGCAGUUCAACUAUCCCUGGGACGUGGCCGUCAACUCUGAGGGUAAGAUCCUGGUCUCGGACACCAGGAACCACCGCGUGCAGCUCUUCGGCCCCGACGGCUCUUUCCUCAACAAGUACGGCUUCGAGGGGGCCCUGUGGAAACACUUUGACUCUCCCAGAGGAGUGGCCUUUAACCACGAGGACCACCUGGUGGUGACCGACUUCAACAACCACAGGCUCCUGGUCAUCCGGCCGGACUGCCAGUCGGCCCGCUUCCUGGGCUCUGAGGGCAUCGGGAACGGGCAGUUUCUGCGGCCGCAGGGCGUCGCCGUGGACCAGGAGAACCGCAUCAUCGUGGCCGACUCCCGCAACCACCGGGUCCAAGUGUUCGAGCCCAACGGGAACUUCUUAUGCAAAUUCGGCGCACAGGGGAGUGGCUUCGGACAGAUGGACCGCCCCUCCGGUGUGGCCGUGACGCCUGACGGAGUCAUUGUGGUCGUUGAUUUUGGAAAUAAUCGCAUCCUCAAGUUCUAGCUUUUUCUUUUUUUGGCAUUCUCUCCCUCCGUUUGCCCUUUUUGCAGUUUUCUUGAACAAGGAAAUGGAGGCGAGAGAAUGAAUCAACAGACACAACAGGAGAGCUCAGAGAGGAUUGAGAGCACGUUGAAGUGAAGGGAAAUUAAAACUAUUGAUUUUUUGUUUUUUCAUUUACAUUGCUAUAUUCCCAAUCAGAUAUCUGUGGUGUGUACGACAAAGGGGACCUCUAACACAUUGAUAAUCAAUAGAUGAAGCCAUGUUUCCCUUCCUCGGUCUCAGCUGCUCUGAAUCCUCUCCGUGAGCUCUCCUUAGUUUUCCAUCUCAGGGAUUUUUUCACUUUUCUUGAAACCUUGUACCCUCUGCUCCACACCUACCUCAUUUAGCUCUUUAUGAAUGUACUCAUAGUCACUGAGCAGAGGUUUUAGUCCGUGAAGUUCUACAAAGAAGAUGAAAAGCCUACCUCUAUACUUUAUUUAAAAGACAAAAAAAAAAGAAAAAAAGACUGUUGGUUGAUAUUUGCACAGGAUUAAAGAAAAUCUUGCUGUGCAUUUUUUUUUUUUUUGAAAUACGAGUUAAAGUGAACCUCCUGAAUGUUGCUGAGACAACACUCAGACCGCUGUCGAGGCUGCAUGAUUUAUUCUCACUAGAGGGCUUCGCUCACAGAGGAAACUAGGAGACACUUGUGUCCUUUUUCAUGGUUUUUAGGCGAGUUAGUUUUUCCGCGUAUGCAUCGGCCCUUUGAAGAAGAGAGUGCGACCCCGAUGCCGAAUUAGAUAAAAUCAAAAGUAUCUCAGGUCACGGUAGGACUGUUUCAAAUGAUCAGUGCUUUUCAGGCUCUCAUUCGAUAAACAAAUCUCAGAAAUGAUCCUGAAAAUAAGUCCUAGAUAAGUAGUCCUGUAAGAAAAGACAACCCGUGUUGUUACUAUGUCAUAGAUGCAAAGAUAAAGUAUGCAAGGAGAGCAGCGUCUCCUAAAGGGAGGACCCACCAAAGGAUUUUGGUGUUGAAUAUUUCCCAGAUCUGGAUCUGUAAGCGAUCCUCACGUAGAUAUUUAAUCAUUUUAAUUGAGUGACACCUUUUUUGAUGAGGCAUGCUGUGUGACAAAAGCCUCACAAGUAGACACCUAAAUUUGGCUGUCCAGAGGACAUUAAUGACAUCAAGUUGAAGGCCUAACAUUACAAUCCUUUGGAUUUUAGAUGGUGGUUGAAAGCCACGCCCCUUUGGCUCCCAGGGCCAAUGAGAGAGGCUGUGAUGACAAAGCCCCGCCCUAUUUAUUGAUGCUUGGAGUGAAGGAGACCGAUUCCUCUAAAGACGGAGGUCUAUAGACCAACUUCUGGAGUCAACCAAAGUUAGAAUUUCUGCACAAUGGCCAACUGUAGAUUUGGCGAUUUAAAGAAACUUAAAUAAUCAUUGUUGCUGGGAAGUCUAAAGUUCAUCAAACGCACGGAGUUGAGUUCAUAGCACUGUCCGUGUUAGGCUAAGAAGAAUAAAGUGUGCUUGGGUCACAGUUUAUUGUGCUCUGACCUGUUUCAUCUGCAGAGAUGUUCACGUGUAGAGAACUGAAGAUACCCGCACCAAAGAGCCCCCCCCCCCCCCACCUCAGCCCAUCAAACGACGCCAUUAGACGACCCGUAGGCCUUUGUUUCCCAAUUUAAUUACCAUAGACACGACUAACGCUCUGUGGGGUUUUAAACCUCCCCUUUGCCCCUUUUUGUUCAAUCUGUGUCCCACUGGAAGCACUCGACAAUUAUGGUUCUGUCAGCUACUUCCUUCGCCUAGGACCUGUGAAACGAUUCACCGACGGGCCCUCGCCUCUGAGGAGAGAUCCCGUCUGCACACGAUCAGGAUUCACGUCGUCGUAUCUCAAGAUGUCUCGUACCUCAGCGGUCGUUUUACCUCAUCUCCUGAAUACCUUGAGUAUGUCACUCAUAGCUACUGUGCAUUUGAACGUUCAAAUACCUCAACUUGUUACACAUUCUGAAUACCUCAUUUUUACUCUUUUUAUUUAAGCAUACCUUGUCGGAUAUUUAUGCAUUAAUAUACCUCGUUCUUUGAAUCGUCUUGUGUUACAGUACAUGUCCCAUAGCUCGAGGACCAAAGAUCAUGGUACUGUCUGGAGUGGAAGUAACGUUUGUUUUUUACUGUGGUCAUCGCUUCAUCUCGCAGCUUUUUGGUUUGUUGAAUCUACUGUAAAGUGUCUGGUAAACUCUGCCUUUUAUCGUCAAGAAACCAAAACAUUUCAGAUGAAAGCAUUGUGCCAAAAAAAAUGAUCUGUGAGAGUUUUGUGCCAAACAGGGUUGGCAUCAGGGCCGCGCUGUUGUAGACGACACAUGUCACUGGACCAUUAUAUCACGGCUCUCUGUCUCUCUGUCUCUCUCUCUCUCUCUCUCUCUCUCUCUCUCUCUCUCUCUGGUUGAUGCACUUAAGAGGGCUGGGCCCAAUUUAUCUUAACCUCAUAAUGAUGAUGAACAAGCAAAAUUCCACUUGUACUUUGCAACUGUGUGCAAAGGGUGAGGGCAAGAGAGGAUGUGGCCUCUUCUAAAGAGAUAAAAACUUCACGAAUCCGCCUUCUCAAUGCACAAGAAUUACCUCCUUGAUUUCAGCACAAAGUUACCGAUGUUUCAUUUGUUGAUGUUGGCUAUUGGCAGACCUCGAGACGCAACCAUUCUGCGGCAGGUUUAAACAAAACGCACCGUAGGGAUCACGCCCGAUGCGUGACAGCAGUGUGGUUUACUAUUACAGUGGAGCUAUUGGCACAUUGAUGGCGACCCAACACCUAGUUUCACCAAUAAGAUUGUCUUUUGCUUUUCAGUAUUACUCUGAAACGUUUCAUCCAUGUUGCAUCUGUUUUUUUGUUGAUUAUUAAAAUUGCAGAAUUCUAUCUUUAAGAUCCGUAGGUCUUCACUCUUAAAGAGGAAACGAAAUGUGUUUUUUUUUUUUUUUUUUUUUUUUUUUUUAAUUUUUGUUGCAUGCUUUAAAAAGUCCUUUGUAUUAUAUUGACGUCUCUCAGAUAGGUGUUGAGAAAAAACUCAGAUGGGGUGGGUCGCGGUCGUUUGGGAUGGUUUUACCAAAAUAUUUACCCAAAGGUGCGUGUGCGUGCGUGUGCGUGUGUGUGUGUGUGUGUGUUAGGAUUGCGUCGGAUUGGGAUUAACCGUUGACCUUUGCGAUUGUAUUUCCUGUUCUCGAGAGGCUCAACCUGUUCAGCCAGCCAACGCCUCGACUCCUGACAAACAGCGGCAGAUCUUGUCAGAUACAAGCUGGUGUGCCCCUCUAUCAUUGGUGCUUAAUUUACUUAAUCUCCCUCUAGUGUACGUAAUGUGGGAAGCCACAUUAACAUAUAGUUUAGGAGGCUCUGAAAGCUUCCUAUUGAGUAGAUUGACCUUCCCAACUAGUCCGUGAGGUGGUGAUGUUAUGUUUGAUCUAGCAAUGGGAACUCCCCAGCUGUCGUGUGAGGAGCAGCGAUGUGUCUCCAGCACAGACCGGUAAUCGGCUUCCUCCCCCAUCUUUAUAAGAAACCAGGGAGUGCGGUGACGGUUGACAGCACUCCUGCUCGCUGGGUUGUUUUUUUAUUGCUGACCUCUCACGGCUUUAAGAGAGAAAAGCAAAGCUGCGCCAGGUGACGCGUGCAAGGUCGUAGGUCGUUUUUAAGGAUCGUGUACUCUAAAGACGGAAAGACAAAAAUAAGAAAAAGGUUGGAAAAUUUAGAAGGAAAAAAAAAAAAACUCAGGUAGUUCUCAGCAGCCCUGCCCUGCAGGUGUCUCAUUGAAACGUGUCUCGUAGUGAUGAUGUAGUGUUCCCCCCCCUCUUAGUACUAGUCAAAUUAUUUUGUGUGCCCAUUUACUUAUUAUAAAACAAAUUAUUUCUAAAUCUGAAACAAUAAUGCUUUCGAUUAGUUUCCCCUAAUUAAAAAAAAAAUAAAAAUUUUUGUUGCCAAUUUUAGUUUUCUUUUACAAAUAAAAAGUACAAAUACUUCACACCACUUGAUGUCCAUUGGCCCUUUUAGAAUGUAUUUUGUGAAGAAAAGGGUUCAAUGGCAUCAUGUUGACGUUCAGUCGCUGCAACCAGCUGCCGGCAGCAGCAUGACGAGACACAACACACUCCGUUUUAUCUCUGGACAUUUUGGUGCUAGAUGUUCCACACCAGCAACACUUUGAGUAUGAGGUGGAAUCAUGUGGUUGUAGUGGAACACGCUGCACCGCGCUCCUUUUCUAAACCAGCUUUAACGUCGGCCUUUCCCCGGGUGUUUUGGGGCCCGACAGUCCAGCUCGUCCCAUCCUCUUUUUGUUUGUGUUGUGUCCUGUUCCCCCGGCGGCCGGUUGUGUGCGGAGUGGAUAUUGUGUUUGUGCGCUGCAUCUGUUGUUGUUUUAAGCAGAAAUCCACUGAAUGUAUCCUCUGAACAGUCCAGGAGGCAGGGCGAGCCAGUGUGGCAGAGGAGACUAUAAUAUAUUGGCCACCUGCUGCUCUCUCUGUACUCUGUGGACUUUAAGCAUUUCCUAUGCAGUUUCUUUUUUUUUUUUUUUGGCUUACACUUCAAUAAAGUUGUAUUUCUUUGACUUCAAAA